GUGACAGGAAGUAUGUAUUGGAAGUUCAACGCUAGUAGGAAGUGUGUGUAUUUACGAUGCAGCGACACACAACUCGAAAGUCUUGAAAUACAAUAACCAGUACUGUGUUCUGGGGGAUUAACCGUGUUUUCUAUGAAAACGAAGGCGGUUAGUGCGAACUGUCUGACUCUCUGCAGUCUGAUGGACGACCAUCAAUCAGUUUUUGCCUAUCGACACUCAACCUUCGCAUGCUAGUUUUAGCUAAGUGGCUUGCUAAGUUGGAUCACAACCUUGCUCUGUCCGUUAAUACGAAAACGUCCAGUUCCGUGCUGUCUGUGGAUGGUAAAAGCUUCUGUUGUUAUUUUCACUUGGUCCUAGUUUAGCUAAUGUUUGCUUAGUUGAUGAACACUACAUGGUAGUGCAUAGUGUGCAGUUUACGCUAACUGUUUCUUAAGUUCCAUCCUUUGCUUUCGACAAGUCGAUGAAGAGCUACAUCUGUCGUGUCUGGGUCAGUAACACCGCUGAUGAUAUAUUAUUACCACUGACUUUAUGCUAGCUGUCACGUCAGCCAGCUCACGUUAUGAUGCCACUUUGCUAACAGCUAACUUUAGUUGAGUGUCUCGAAGUUAGUCAGACUCAAUGUUCCUUUGACAACGUCGGAUAAGUGAAGGCAGCCAUGGACAUUAAACUCCUGUGAGGGCUACAAACAAGACAGUCGUGAUUUUUAUCAACGUUAUUUGCUCCCACACUUUGGAGGAGCUCUUACCAUCUCUGAGCUUCCACAAUGUUGGAAGGUCUUGUUGCUUGGGUGCUAAACACGUACCUGGGAAAAUAUGUCAGCAUCCUGAACACAGAUCAGCUCUCCAUCGCUCUUCUAAAAGGAGCCGUGGAGCUGGAGAAUCUCCCUCUGAGGAAAGAUGCCCUCCGAGAGUUUGACCUGCCAUUUGAAGUCAAAGCAGGCUUCAUUGGAAAGAUUACUCUGCAGAUCCCUUUCUACCGGCCUCACAGUGACCCAUGGGUCAUCUCCAUGUCUCAGCUUAACCUGAUCAUUGGCCCUGCCCGGCCGCAGGAGUAUGAUGGAGAGAAGGAAAGAAAGGAGGAGAGAGAGCGCAAGAAACACCUCCUCAAAGCUCUUGAAGACAAAUUCAAAAGUGAGUGUGAACAGAAAGGAGAGUCUUACUGGUACUCCGUCACUGCUUCAGUGGUCACAAGGAUUGUGGAAAACAUUGAGCUGAAGAUUCAAGAUGUGCAUCUUAGAUUUGAGGAUGACUGCUCCAACCCAGAGAAACCCUUUUCCUUUGGGGUAUGCAUUAACAACGUGUCUGCUCAGAACCCUUCCAGAGAAUUGGUGCAGAAGCUUCUCCGACAAAAGCAGCUGGAGAUAAAACACUUCAGUGUGUACUGGGAUACAGAGUGUGAGAUGCUGGGAAAGCUGCCUGCAAAUCAGAUCCAGGAUGCGAUGACCCAGUGUAUGCAGAGCCGUCAUCAUCAGUACAUCUUUGAACCAGUUUUUGCCUCCGUGUUGCUUAGAAGAAAUGCCUCCAAGGAGCCUCUGAGGUCUCGGAACACCCCACGGAUUGAAGGCCAAGUUCAGUUGGAGCCUAUGUCCUUACGCCUGUCACAGGUCCAGUAUCAGCAGUUCAUGGCAUUCCUCAAAGAGCUGGACCGCCAGGAGAGAGAGCUGCUGUACCGAAAAUGGAGGCCCAAAGUCCCUAUUUCUAUGAACUGCCGGCUGUGGUGGAUGUUUGCCAUCCAGGCCAACCUGAGUGAAAUCAGGGAGCAGCGCCGUCGAGGCAGCUGGGACUUUGCCCUGCAGCGGGCACGAGAUGCCCAGACCUACACAAGCCUCUACUUUAGAAGGCUCAAAGGAGUCCCAUUGAGUUCACAGGAAGAGAGUGAGCUGGAGCGAGUGGAAGAGGAGCAGACAAUAGACGAGCUACAGAGUCUCAGAGAAAUUGUCCAUGACUGGUUUCGAAAGCAGGAAGAGAUCGCAGAGAAUGUGAGAGACCCCAGCAGUGAUCCCCAGCAGUGUUCACCCAACACAUCUAUCUCCAAGAGCGAAAGCUCAGGGAUGGUCCAGUACCUGCAGUCUUGGUUCCCGGGGUGGGGAGGCUGGUAUGGAGAUUCCCAGAACCCAGACAGGCCUGAAGAGCUCUUGCCAAGUUCUUCCUCCUGGGAUAUUCUAGCAGAGACCGAAGACCUGUUUGAUCCAUUGGAGGACUCUCACACUCUCAACACAUUCACCAGACGAGAUUACCUGUUUGCCCGGCUAGAGUUCUUACUGGAAAAGGGCGGAGUCACACUCUUUCACCAAGACAGGAGGGAAGACAUGCUACAUGAAAGUGGGGUCAUCCAGUUGGAAUUCUCGGGGGUGAAGGUGAUUUUGGAGUCUCUCCCUCGCUCUGAGUCCUCCCUACUGUCUGUUAAGCUGGGUGGUUUGUUCCUGAGAGACUUGACAACUCAAGGCACUAUCUUCCCUGUCCUGGUGUCUCCAAAAAUGGACAAAGUUGUUGUUGCCAUUAACCAACCAUCUGGCCAGUUCAGCAGUACCAUUGGAUGCAAUGCAGAGUGCUCUUCAUCACCAGUGUUUGAGAUGAUUUAUGAGCGUAACCCUGUGAGGUGUAAAUUUGAGAGAAGACUGGAAGUGAACACUAGUCCACUGAACAUCAUCUACAACCCACAAGCAAUCAAAAAAGUGACUGAGUUCUUCUAUAAAGGAAGAGUCCAUACCUCAGGUUUUGGCUAUCAGUCAGAGCUGGAGCUGAGAGUGGCAGAGGCUGCUAGGAGACAGUACAACAAGCUGAAGAUGCAAACCAAGGCAGAGAUCCGACAAACUAUUGAUCAGCUACUUGUAGGAGAGUUUAUUGAAAACAGUAAACGCUGGACCAUGAAAUUGGAUAUCUGUGCACCCCAGGUGAUUUUCCCUGAUGAUUUCCAGUCAGGGGAUCCGAUGUUAGUUGUGGUUGAUUUAGGCAGAAUUCUCCUCACUAACUCUCGAGAUGACACUAAAGCCAGCUCUAAAGACACUCAAGCUGAAAGGGAAGACAUGAGUGACGAUGAGUACCAGACACCCCUUGCCACCCCACCAGAGUCUCCACCACCUGGACUAGAUAUAUCUUUGAAAGACCAACUCAAAAACCCUGACCUUUCAAGCCUCAGAUCUCCUGAAAGUACACAGGCCUACAGCAGAAAGCUUUAUGAAAAAUACUCCUUGUCCUUUAAGGACCUGCAGAUAAUGGUUGGUCGUUGUCAGGACAACUGGAAACAUCUUCAGGAGAGUGAUGUAGGGCCUACUCACGUGGUGGAGAAAUUUAAUGUGCUGCUGCAACUUGAGCAGAGACUGCGCUACACAUCAGACCCCCAGCUUCCUGGGGCUGUCCUAUCAGGAACACUGCCAGACCUCAAGGUACAUAUCAACCUUGAGAAGAUGACCGCCCUAAGGAAUUGUUUGGCUAGGCUAAGCAGUCCAUCUGUAAGUGAAGGGGACAAAAGCCAAGAGAGUGGCCCAAAUAUAAAGUCUCCUGACCCUCUUACUCUCCGCCAUGAUAAGAUCUUUCAGAGGGAGGACAGCUCCUGGAAGCUGCAAGGUUCAGCCAUGAACUUGACCCAGAGUGUGAUGACUCUAGAACAGCGCACACGAGAAGUCCUAGUGGAAUCUCGUCUACUAUUAGCUGAAUUUAACAUUAACUAUAUGCAGUUAGGUGUAGAGAGUAAUGGCCGCUACAUAUCUGUUCUCAAGGUGUUUGGCACAAAUGCUAAUUUUGUCAAGCGACCAUAUGAUGCUGAGGUCUCUCUGACUGUCCAUGGUCUUCUGCUGGUGGACACCUUACAGACCUAUGGGUCGGACUUUGACCUCCUUGUGGCUUCUCAUAAGCAUCUUAGUUUUGAUAUACCCACAGGCAGCCUCCUAGAGAGCCAGCCUUCAUCCCCUGUGUCAUCUGAUGGCAGGUCUCCUCGGCAUCAAGGCCACUAUACUGAGUUGUCCUCUGGCAUGCCUAUGGAUACACUUUCCCCCUUCAGUUCCUUUCUGAAAAACCAGGAAGCCCUUAUUAAGCUUGAGUACCAGUUUGUGAGCUCAGACUGCCCCUCUAUGAACCUGGACAGCUCCCUUCAGGUGACCAGCAUGCAGGUCAAUAACUUGGAUAUCAUUCUCAACCCUGAGACCAUGGUGGAGCUACUUAAGUUUCUCCAAAAGUCUUUCCCCAAGGAAGACAGCACCUGGACAUCAUCAGCACAACAUACAAAACAGCCUUGUAAUGAGGAAGGGGAGGGGACAUACCAGGCCACCUAUGACCAGAACAAAGAGCUGACUGUGGAGAUCCAUCGGCUUAACCUGCUUCUCCUUCGGACAGUUUCCACUGGUACUGUCCUUGGUGCUGAGAAGAAAGGGUUGAAGAUUGCUACUGCCAGCAUAACUGGCACAAAGGUCAAUGUGUCCAUGGGCAGUCGGUUGGAUAUCAAUGGUUCACUUGGGUCCAUGCAGUUGGUGGACCUCACCCAGGAAGGAGGCCGAAGCCAAUUUGUGGUCAGCAUUGGCAGUGUUGAGGACAACUCCUCAACUCUUGGUGGAUUAAUGUUCCUUGCUGAAACAAGUGGUUCUACCUCAGAGGCUUUAAAUUUUCACCUUAUAGAGAAAUCCCAUGGGGAGUGUUCCUUGGAACUUCAAAUGGCAUCCUUGCACUACAACCACUCAGCCAAGUUCCUGAAGGAGCUGAGUCUAUCUGCAAAUGAGGCAGAAGAUAAUUUCCGUUCCAUGUUGAAAAGUGCUGCCACCAAAGUGUCAACUGUACUAGCCACCAAGACGGCAGAGUACAGUGGAAUGGUUUCACUGUUUGAGGCUCCCUUACGGAGAACUCGAACUCAGAGUCAAACCUGGACUUAUCCUUUUGAGGAUGAGGAGGCUGUUCCCAUGGAGAAACCUGGAUCCACCUUAAAUACAUUUUUGGUGAAGCUGACCCUUAAUAUCAGUAUUGAAUCACCAGUUGUCUCCAUUCCCCGUAAACCGGGACACUCUGAGCUAUUGGUUGGUCAUCUGGGUAGCAUAACAAUCCAGAAUUUUGUUACUGCGCAAGACUCUGAGAGAGAAGAGAGGUUGCAGGUGUUGGUGAAGGAUAUUCGACUUUAUUCACUCAACAUGAGUCAUUUAGUUUUUAAGAGAGCGCCUAGUGGGGCUACUGCUGGCAGCAUGUCACCUUCCCACAAUGCGAGCAUCAAUCAGGAUGAACCACAGUUCACACGUAACGACUUCUUUGAAUCCCUAAAUCGUGGUAAAGCCUUCCAUAUAUUGAAAGACACCACUAUACAGUUCACCCUGGAGAAAGUCCCAGUUAUUGAAGACACCCAGUUUGCCUUUUUCACCACAGAGGAGCCCUGCAAGAGCACAGGACUGCUGAGAGUUGAGGGCAAAUUUGUCAAUCCAGUUCAGGUGUUCCUGUGCAAGCCUGUGUAUGAACAAGUCCUCCAGACCCUGGACAAUCUGUCCCUUAUUGAGGAGCAACGUGUCACACCCAGCCAACCGCCCACACCACCACCACCAACUCCUUCCUCCAACAGACCACAGCGCUUUCCUGACCCCCAGGGAGGGCUUUUUGCAAGGGACCCACCCCAUAUCAGCUUCUCGUCACUUUCCUCUCCUUUGCCUCUACAGUCUCACAAACCUGCUCUUAUCUCCUCAUUCACUCAGCUCAAAGUCACCUUACAUGUGGCAGAAUUGCAGGUUCAGCUCAGUGCUGACCUGACCCAGGGCUCCCAGGGCUUAGUCAGUCUACGCUUCCAAGAUCUGGAGGGAGACUUUACCAAAGACCACCCUCAUCUACUGGCAGUCCAGCUGGCUCUGCGCUCACUGCUAAUGGAGGACCUCCUGGAGCAGAACCCUGAGUCUAAGUACAAACAUUUGAUGGUUUCUCGUGGAGCUCCCAAGCCCUCCACCUUCAGCCCAAAGGAGUACCUUUCUCAGAGCUGUCCAUUAGCAUCUAAUGCCCUGUACCCAGACAUGCCCCGCUCACUGCCUGCCCACAUGGAGGAGGCCCAGAAUGUCUUCCAGCUUUACCAAAGACAUCCCAGUACCCCUUCAGCUAGCAGUCGCAAAUCCAAGAGGGACCCAGACUGUCCCAGCACUCCACCUCCCUCUCCCACUCAUCAUACACCCUCACCUCAGCCACCCCCAGACUUUGAUGACUCGUUAGUUCAUAUCAAUGUGCUAUUGGUGGACCAGAACCAUCCAGAGUUCAAAACGCGCUAUGGCUGUGUGGGAAGAAGUGUAGAUGUUGACUUUAACUGCCUGGACGUUUUGAUCACACUACAGACCUGGGUGGUCAUCCUGGACUUCUUUGGUAUUGGUUCAACAGCCAAUAAUCAUGCAGUGAAGGUGCCCCCUAUGUCACCUGCACCAGUGCCAGGACAUCCUCUGUGUGAGCCAGACAUCAGUGAGGAAGAGACAACAGAGGCUGUCAACACUAAAGUGGACCUAAAGGUUCAUUCUUUGUCUCUUGUAUUGAACAAGAAACUCAACGAGCUUGCCAGAGCCAGUGUAUCCAAACUAUCUGCUCAUCUAGAAAUGUUGGAUGGCAACUUGGCAUUACAAGGCAGUUUAGGAAGUUUGUCCUUGAGUGACCUUACCCCACAUGGCAAGCUCUACAGGGAGCGAUUCACCACACGAGGAGGGGAGGCCCUUAUUUUCAACAUCCAUAAAUAUGGCCAGCUGGAUCCUUACCUGGAGAGGGAAUGUGACAUCAAGGUGUCCUUACAGAUGGCCUCAGUCCUUUAUGUUCAUACCCAGCGCUUCCAGUCCGAGGUGGUGGCCUUCAUACAACAUUUCUCCCAGCUACAGGAUGUCCUCGGGAGGCAGAGGGCUGCAAUGGAGGGCCAGGCUGUGCGGGAUCACCCUCAGCGGGCAUCCAGAGUUCUGCUGGAUAUUGAUGCCGGGGCUCCGGUUAUUCUCAUCCCAGAGAGUUCACGGUCACCAAGGGUUAUUGUGGCCAACCUCGGCCAGCUGAAGGUGCAGAACUGCUUCCUGCCAGCUGGGGCUCAUGGGACCUUUUCCCUCAGAGACAAGGUAGAGAAACUCACCAUGGCACAUGCCUUUUUCCCUUCUCUGGAGCGUGUACGGAGUGCAGCAGGGAGAAAUAGUGGGCAGGAGAAGCCUAGAGCCUCCUGCGCUGGAUUCACCUUUGGCAGGCCACAGGCCCCAGACACAGGAAGCACCCCUGAGGAGGAUGGUCUUCACAGCUUCGAGGACCAUGUGUGCCUGUUGGACUGCAUUGCCCUGGACCUGCAAGAGAUGGAUAUUUUUGCAGCAGAGCGUCUGCCCUGUCAGCCCUGGGACAGUGGUGGUAAAACUUCAGAAUCUACAGACCUCAUCUUUCCUUCAUACUCUGUUCGUCGCACAGGAGACAAUCUGCUUAAAGACUGCUGCCGCCUUAAACUUAAAGUGGAACGCAACCUGGACAAGGAGCUGAGCCAUGCAGUACCUGACAUGUCCAUCCAUGGCAGCCUGUCGUCAGUACACUGCUCCUUGGACCUGGAGCACUACCAGCUUCUCAGAGGGCUGCUGGAGAACAACCUAGGAGAGCCUGUUGAAGAUUUCCUGCGACCCUACAACCUGCAGGACCCCAGCACCUAUACGGUGUUAAGUGGAGAUGUCUAUACCAACUUGUCAUUCCUGGUGGACAUGAUGGAUGUCAGUCUGGAGUUCUUGCACAGCCCCAAACCCAGUGAAAACAGUCACUCACUAGCAAGGUUUGACUUCAUGAAGUCCAAGCUGCUCUUUGAGAGUUUCUCUAAUGGAUCCAAAUCUGUCAACUUGGUGUCUCACUCCCUGCUGGCACAUGACACUCGGUACACUGGGCUCAAUAAAAGUUCUGGUGGAGCUGACGAAGCAAGGCCCAAUGUGUUUGACUGCAUCCUCCAGCCCUCUAAAACAGGCACAAACCGGGCAUCACUGCAAUUGGAACUACAUUAUAGAUCCACACGUGACUCUUCUUGCUUCACGGUGGUCCUCAACAACCUAAGGGUCUUUCUCAUCUUCGACUGGCUCCAGCUUGUGCAAGACUUCCUGCAGGUGCCGGUGGAGAAUACAUUUGGUGGUGCAGAACCACGACAGCGCUGGCCCAGUAACACUAGCACUGACUCAGGCACAGCUACCACCAGCACCUCUGCGGCUGUCAUGCCAAAGACAGUCAAGAGUGGUGUGGUCACCAAGAGGUCCACUGUGCCGGUUACCCAGGACCGCUGUCUGGAGGUCAAGAUCAAUGUCACAGGCACAGAGUUUGUGGUCGUGGAGGACUCAUCAUGUCUGGAUACCAACGCCAUCGUUCUCAAAGGCACCACAGUCCUCACCUACAAACCCCGUCUGUUGGACAGACCGUUCUCUGGCAGCCUUGCAGGAAUAGAGGUGUUCUCGUGUCGGUUGGGCAGUGAGCAGGAGACCGCGUUGUCCAUCAUUGACCCAGUCAAUGUUCAGGUGGAGCUGUGUGGCAGCCCCACAUACCAAAGCAGCUCAGGUCUACUGGAUGCCUUCAAUGUUGAGGACAUCCCACCGCUACUGGAGAUUCAGUUUCCUGCUCUGGACAUCCGUCUGUCCUACAACGACAUUCAGCUCUUCUUGGCCAUCGCCAAGUCCAUCCCUGCCAGUAGUCCACUGCCCUCUGACUCUGACAACACCACUGCACACAGUACUGAGCACACUGCUAAACCCAAAGACAGCUUCAGGCAGAAGACUGAGGCCCUUAUAGAGGGCCAGCUGACCCAUUUACAAGACCUUGGCUUCAGGAAAGAGGACUGCAAAAGAGCCCUGACCCACUGUAAAGGCCAGCUGGACCAGGCUGCUACAUGGCUGCUGGAGAAUGCUGAGAACAUGGCAGACCAUUCCAGAGCCAGGGCUGACUCUGGAUCCAGUAGCCAUUCAGCUCCUCUGUCUGGGGUGGAGUUGAAGGCUGAGAGUGUCUGCAUCUGUUUCAUUGAUGACUGUCUGGACUGUGACAUACCUCUGGCUGAACUCACUUUCUCUAGGCUUUAUGUGCUGCAGCGCAUUGGUUCCACUCAGGAAGGAAACACCAGCUUCACUCUGUCUGGGGACUACUACAACAGAGAGUUGUCAGGCUGGGAGCCGUUCAUCGAGCCCUGGCCCUGCUUUCUGUCCUGGCAGCAGCAGGCCGCCGGUCGCCUCCACCCUCCACGUCUGAAGAUAGGGAUCCGAGCAAAGCAGAGACUGGACGUGAACAUCACUUCUGUCCUGUUGGAACAAUACAAUACCACCAAGACUUCCUGGAUAGCUGACUACUGUAAAGAGGAGGAACACACACCCCAGUCUUCUCCACCUCUGCCCUGGAUGGGCUCCUCAGUUGACCCACCAAGUUUUGGACAGAGUGCUCCACUUGCUCACCUUAGAACUAGGAGCACAGCCAGCUUGACCUGCCUCGAGCAGCAGAUUCCUUCCCGAGAUGUCAAGCUAUCCAAGAGGAGGCAGCCAUUCGUGCCAUACGCUCUGCGUAACCACACAGGAUGUACCAUGUGGUUUGCUACUCUGACUACGACCCCCACAAGGGUGGCACUGUCUCACAGCAGUAGUGCAGACUCCAUCUCAGAUGUCCACGGUCCAGGAACUGAUGACACUCACAAUGUCAGUCAGUGGAGGGAAGUGCUGCCUGGGGAAGAGAUUCCCUUUGAGUUUGAAGCCCGCGAAAAACUCCGUCACCGACACACUCAUGAGCUGAAGCUGCACCAGCUGCUGGUUCGGGUGUGUGGAUGGGAGCAAGUCAAGCCGGUGUCUGUGGACAAAGUGGGUGUUUUCUUCCGUUAUGCAGCUGCGGACAGAAACAACUCUUCCAAUACUGUUGGCAGUCCUAUUAGCAGAACCAACAUCAUCCACCCACAUGUUUAUUUUUCAGCGCUGCCUCCAGUCAGAGUGGUCUUCUCCAUCACAAUGGAGGGCAGUGCCAGGAAGGUCAUAACUGUUCGGUCUGCCCUCAUGGUCAAGAACCAGCUGGAUGUUCCUAUGGAGGUCAGACUUGACAGCCCCUCCGCUCCUGACAAACCAGUGGUAUUGCCUCCUAUCCUGCCUGGCCAGGCCUUGGCAGUCCCCCUCCACCUGACAUCCUGGCGCCUGCAGGCUCGGCCCAAAGGCCUGGGAUUAUUCUUUUGUAAGGUUCCCAUCCACUGGACCAGUGUGGAACGGCCCGGAGAGAUCAGCAGCAGUAAGAGGGAGUGUCAGUCAGCAGACUUUGAUGACAACCUCAAGCGCAACUUCAGGUUUUGUGUGGUCAUCAAAAAGGAGAACUACCCAGAGCAGCAGCCUGCCAAGAGGGUUUCAGGCAGUGCCAAGCAGAUCUACCGACAGCCAGGUCACACUAUUUACCUGCUGCCCACCAUGGUGCUGGCCAACUUGCUGCCCUGUGACCUCAACUACUACAUCAAAGGAACAUCCAUCAAAGGCUCACUUAAGCCGGGAAAAGAGGCCGUGCUUCACGCUGCCGACACUUCGCAGAACAUGGAGCUAGGAGUCCUGCUGGAGAACUUCCCUGUGUGCAAAGAGCUGCUGAUUCCCCCUGGGACCCAGAACUAUGUGGUACGCAUGAGGCUGUAUGACACCAACAAACAUCUGCUUUGCCUCACCAUUCGCAUCAUCCUUCGAGCACAGGGGGCACUGAAGAUCCUGAUUUCUGCCCCCUAUUGGCUUAUCAACAAGACUGGUCUGCCGUUAAUUUUUCGUCAGGACAAUGGCAAAGCCGAUGCAGCAGGCCAGUUUGAAGAACACGAGUUGGCCCGAAGCCUCAGUCCAUUACUAUUCUGCUAUACUGACAAGGAGCAGCCUGCCAUGUGUACUAUGCGGAUUGGGAAAGGGAUCCACCCAGACGGAGUUCCAGGGUGGUGCCAGGGCUUCUCCCUGGAUGGAGGGAGUGGAGUCAGGGCAGUGAAGGUUAUCCAGCAUGGGAACAGGCCUGGCCUCAUCUACAAUAUAGGCAUCAGUGUGCGGAAAGGAAAAGGACGCUACAGGGACACUCACAUAGUGACCUUUGCACCACGCUACCUGCUGGACAACCGCUCUACACACAAACUGGCCUUUGCUCAGAGAGAGUUUGCAAGAGGAAAGGGUACGGUCAAUCCAGGGGGUUACAUCUCCACCCUGCCAGGCUCCAGCGUUGUUUUUCACUGGCCCCGCAACGACUACGACCAGCUCCUUUGUGUGCGCCUCAUGGACACCCCCAACUGUACCUGGUCUGGAGGCUUCGAGGUCAACAAACCCAAGUCCUUUCAUGUCAACAUGAGGGAUACAAUGGGGAACUGUUUCUUCCUGCGGACAGAGAUCACCCUGAAGGGAGCCACCUACCAGAUCUCUUUCACUGACACUAACCAGCUACCACCACCCUUUCGCGUCGACAACAUCUCUGAGGUACCUAUCCAGUUUUGGCAGCAUGGUGUGGCCGACAUCCGGCUACACACUGAGGUGAAGGCAGGCUCUGUGCUGGACUAUGCCUGUGAUGAGCCCACACUCCCCCCCUACCUUACACUGACCGUGAAGGGAGCUGGAUCAUCAGAGGUCACAGCUGACAUGAACUUCUUUAGAGAAUACAACAAGCUCUACUAUGAGAACUUCAUCUACAUUGCAGCCACGCACACUUUCUCACAGAAUAUCGAGAGGAGACCUGUUGGGAAGAAGCGUCUGGUAAACUGUGCUGAACUGGUUCUUGAUGUGGACACCAAGACUCAAAGGGUCCUCCUGAAGAAGAAGGAGCCGGGGAAGCGCUCCCAACUGUGGAGGAUGACUGGGACCGGCAUGCUCUGUCAUGAAGGUUCAUCUCCACCGCAGAGCAAGCCAGCCCAACCACGCCCACUGGACUCCUCUUUGGUGCUGGACAUUGCCGGGCUUGCAGCUGUUAGUGACAAUAGUUUUGAACCACUGAUGCUGAGGAGACCGGAUUCACGCCGCAGUACCACCCAGACGUGGUACUUCAACUCAGGCAUGCUGACCUGUGGCCUCCCUCGGCUGGUAGUGCAGGUUAAGGGUGGGAUGACAGGCCUUUAUGAUGGAGCAGAGGUGGUGCUGGGACCAGACUCUGGGCUGCUUGAGCCAGGCCCUGAGCAGCAGUUCAUCAACCAGAAGAUGAGACCUGGUUCUGGGGUGCUGUCAGUCCAGGUGCUGCCAGAUGGACCCACACGUGUCCUGCAAAUCAGUGACUUUAACCAGAGAAGAAUGAUCCGGAGCUCAUCCAGCACAGAACAAGACAGGAGGAAAGAGGAUGUCAAGAAGAGAGAGGCUGAGCAGGAGUUGGAGGUGUUGGUUAACUUGGAGGAAGGCCUGGGUGUCUCUCUGGUCAACAAGGUUCCUGAGGAGCUUGUGUUUACUACACUGUCUGGUAUAGAUGUCCACUUCAUCCGCACUGCUGUCAAUGAAGUGUUGGAACUCAGCAUUCAGAACAUCCAGGUAGACAACCAGCUGCUGGGUACUACACAGCCUGUGAUGCUGUGUGUGACUCCCAGCUCCAGUGACAGCAGCAUCAAUGACAGUGGCCCGGCCCUGCAGGUCAACUCAGUCAAGGUUCCCAGCAACCUCAUGCUCACUGAUCUCUUCAAGCACCUCAUGGUGACGGCCCAACGCUUCACAGUCAUCAUCGAGGAGAAACUGCUCCUCAAGCUGCUCAGUUUCUUUAGAUGUGGUCAGACAGAAGCUGAGCUAGAGAAGUUGGAUGAAAACCUCCAUGAGAAGCCCAACGAGGAAAUAGGACCUCCCAAACGUUACUACUUUGAGAACUUGAAGAUCAGCCUCCCUCAGGUCAAACUGAGUGUCUUCACCUCUCACAAGCUGCCUCCUGAUCUCAAGGCUCUGAAAGGCACCCUGGGCUUUCCUCUGGUUCGGUUUGAAGAUGCUGUCAUCAACAUGUACCCGUUCACCAGAGUGCACCCAUACGAGACCCAGGAGAUCAUCAUUAAUGACAUCCUGAAGCACUUCAGAGAGGAGCUGAUCAGCCAGGCAGCCCAGAUCUUGGGCUCUGUGGACUUUCUGGGAAACCCCAUGGGUCUCCUCAAUGAUGUCACUGAGGGCGUGUCUGAACUCAUUAAAUAUGGCAACGUGGGCGGUCUUAUACGCAAUGUGACCCAUGGUGUAUCCAAUUCUGCUGCAAAGUUUGCAGGAACGUUAUCAGAUGGGCUGGGAAAGACCAUGGACAACCGGCACCAGAGUGAGCGAGAGUACAUCAGAUACCAUGGAGCCACCAGUGGAGAGCAUCUGGUAGCAGGGAUCCAUGGACUGGCUCAUGGUAUCAUUGGAGGGAUGACAAGCAUCAUCACCUCCACAGUGGAGGGGGUGAAAACAGAGGGUGGAGUCAGCGGCUUUUUCUCAGGACUGGGUAAAGGGCUGGUUGGCACUGUGACCAAACCAGUGGCUGGAGCUCUGGACUUUGCCUCAGAAACAGCACAGACAGUCCGUGACAUGGCUAGUCUCAGUAACCACAGGCUCAGUGUGCAGCGGGUCAGGAAGCCUCGCUGCUGUAAGGGACCUCAGGGUCUGCUGCCUCGACACUCAGCCACACAGGCAGAUGGUCAGGAGCAGCUUUUCCGCCUCACGGACAACAUCCAUUCUGAGUUUUUCAUUGCUGUGGAGCCCAUCGACAGCUACUGCGUCCUCAUUUCCUCUAAAGUGGUCUACUUCCUAAAACCAGGGGACUAUGUGGACCGUGAGGCAAUCUUCCUGGAGGUCAAGUACGAUGACCUGUACCACUGCCUGGUCUCUAAGGACCAUGGGAAGGUAUAUGUGCAGCUUACCAAGAAGGCUGAUAGCACCAGUAGUGGUGUGGCCAUUCCUGGUCCCUCCCACCAGAAACCCAUGGUCCACGUGAAGAGUGAGAGCCUCGCCAUCAAAAUCUCUCAAGAAAUCAACUAUGCCAAGAGUCUGUACUACGAGCAGCAGCUCAUGCUCCCUGCCAGUGAGAAUGAAGACUGCAUACUGCUCGAGUCCUGAUCACACGACUUUUCUAAGCUAGCUCAUGGAUUAUUGUAGGCCUCAGUCCUUUAAAACACAGUGCAGUAAAGGGAAUAGUCAAAGCACAUGUACAUGACAAAAACAUAUGCAAGGGAGUGUUACCUUGUCUGUGUAUAUGCAGAAACACAUCUGAAGCACAUAUGACUAUAUGACUGCUGAUAGCAGCGGGUGUGAAUAGACAGAGAUGUAAAUAGAGCUACAUACCAAUACUAUAAACCAGUGUACAUACUAUAUUAAUAAUGAAGUAUGGGGAAUAACAACAGGAGCUGAUAUAAUGUGAAAUGUAACUGCCUUUACAAUUCUAUUUUGUGUAUAAGAGGCUAUUAGAAUUCUGGGGAGAAUGAAUUGCACUGACACAGGGAGGGGUGGCACAUGCAGCCGCUCUCCUUGAUACACUGGAGCUGCCUGUCACUGUCUUCACAAUCACAGACCUCCAGGCGUCUCUGCUUUCAUUUAACAAGCCUUUCUUUUUUUUCAAAGAGCCCGCACGUCUUUUUAAUCUGAGUUGUCCCCUAAAGGGCAAUAUUGACUUCACCACACUCUCUCAGUCGUUUGUACUUGUGUUGAAGCUUGAGCUUUUGAUUUUGGUUUGAUAAGGUUUUUGUGUUUGAGAAGAGGAGUGAACUUUAUGACAGGCCAGUCAGAGAGGUACUGGACUCCAUCUGUGAUCCUGUAAAAUAACAUUCACUUAGACACUACUUCAAAUAAAGCACCACAACUGCACCACUCACUGCGUUGGACCUAUUAUUUCCAAACUCAACCAAAACAAAUGAAGAGUCAUUGCUGUAUUCUGUCAUUGCAUACACAUGACCUUUUAGCAUCAUGAUGAUAUUCACUAAAAUAAAUACUGAGGUUCUAAAUGUAUCUGUAUCAUUUGUCAGGGGGUGAUUGUCAGUCAUAAUAAUAAAGUAGAUAUAUUAGUUUACCAAUAAUUAACCUGCAAUCAUUCCAUGAUCCAGUAGUAGUGUGACAUCAAGUUUGGUUGCGCAGCCUUGAUCUACAUCAUCAUCACAAUUUUAUGACUAAAAGCCCUUCUGCCUCCACUGGACAUUUAAGAUUACUUUAAUCUGCUAAUGUGCUCUUAAGAUGUUUGUGUUUUGUUGUACUUGUGUGAUGUGUGUUUGUUUGUUAAUGAAGUUACAAAAACUGUACCAUUAUCCUGAGCAGGAAAAAUAAAAAAAAUGAUCAUU